AUGGCGCACGAGGAGGCCAGGCCCAUUCCCGCCGGUGGCAGCGCUGCUGCUGCCACCACCUCCGCCAACCUGCUGUCUGUGCCAUGCUCCGCUAUGGGCCCUGUGCAGCUGCCACAUAACGGCGUAUUGACGAGCAUUGAGGAGACUGGACCGCUUGUCGGAAACGACACGUUCAGCAUCCCCGCUUCACCGCAGAUUGUGUGCUCGAUUCCGCGCUGCAAGCUCCCACGGCGUAUUGGCUGCUCGCUGCGUGACUGGAGCACAAUCUUGCAGAAACAGCAGCAUCGGCGGUUGAGCCAGCAGCAGCAGCAACACAGUCAUCAUGGUCAUCAUGCUGGCAGUCACCACCACCGCCAACACUACCCGCAGUCGAAGCAACAGCACGGGGAAGGCGUGGUUUCCAAGCCAUUCCGCACCGGCCAAGGGGCGCUGCUCCCGAAGCUGACGAUUGAGGAGGUGGGGCAGCACAACCAGCCGGAUGAUUUGUGGCUGGUGGUACACGGUGUGGUGUAUGACUGUACAAAGUUCCAGCACUUCCACCCCGGAGGCGAAAUGUUACUACGGCGCUGUGCUGGGAAGGACUGCACGGCGUUGUACGACUACUAUCAUGCGUGGGUGUCGUGCGAAAGUAUGCUCGGGCCCUUUGCCGUGGGGGUUGUCGAGCAGCGUCCGAAAGAACGUUAUUAG